CAGGAGACCUGCGUGGUUAAAGAGGGAACUGCUGGGCUAACUCAAGUGGAAGAGGAGAGUCUACAGAUCAUGGAAGGAGGGCUGGCCUCCUGGGAGAAAUAUAAGACUGUUGUCAGAGGAUGAAGGGAGGCAACUAGGAAAGCUCAGCCCCUCCUUAGAGUUUAACCUGGCAAGAGCGGGCAAGGACAACAGAAAGGGCUUCUUCAAGUACACUGCAGACAGAACUAAUACUAGGGGCAGUGUAGGCCCACUGAUGAAUGAGGUGGGUGCCCUGGUAACAGAAGAUACAGAGAAGGCGGAGUUACUAAAUGCCUUCUUUAUCUCUGUCUAUAGUGCUGGAGGCUGUCCUGAGGAGCCUAGAUCUGCAUUGCUCAGAAAUAAGCAAUUAUACCAGUGCCUGGAAUGCUACCUUACGAGAAUCCUGAAGCUGUGGGGGCACUGACCCUGACUGCCACGCCCCCGCCCCUCAACUGCUCUCUUGCUUACCCUCCUCACAGUGGUGGGGUGAAUGAUAUGACGGAACAACUCAGCUGAGGAGGGGAAGGUCACACACCAGGUGUUUGAAGUAAGGAUGGCAGCAGCGCAUGUCAAGGAUGGUCCCCAAACUGGUACGUGUGUUCACUUGUUGUCAAAGCUCCAAUGUUAUGUAUUUAUUUAUUAUACUCAAGUUAUGUCCGUAACUCCCCCCAUCCCCAUGCUGGGGGCUACUGCCAGCCUACUUCCAUAUGGGCUGUGACCUCACAGAGUUAUCCCCACCCACCGGACUAUGAUCUCACGGCGCUGCCCAUGUGAGCCAGCGGCCAGCACUUUGUCUCUCCCAGUGCGGUCGUGACCAGCUUUGAGCGAUGGUUGUCGACAGCUUUCUCCUUAUCCCCAGCCUCCUGCUCCUGGUGGCUGGGCUGUCUCUGCUCACCCCUCUCUGGCGCCGACAGGGUUCUGACCGGCGCCGGCAAUGGUGGACAUGGUGGCUGCAAGUGGUGGCAUCAAAGUCAGGUGCUGAGAGGCAGACAGGCAGGCACAGGAGCCCCCUGUGCAGGCCACGUUGCUCCCAGCAGCAAGCGUCACGAUGGCAGGGCAGUCCCAUCCUGCCCCAUCCCGUGCAGCCAGGAAAGACCCAGCCUUUGUUGCUGCGCAGUCUGUGCCCCUCUCUUCACAUGGACUCUGCCACUGGUACCACGAGCUCUGCGGGGAAACCUGUCAGGCUUCCCAGACAGGACCAGCGCCCGCAGGUUCUGGUGGCACGCGGGACCCCCAGGACGCUCAGUCAGCGUCCUAGGCUAGGCGGUGGAGUUAAAGACCUGCCACCUGAGAUCUCUAACUUCACAAAGCCACCAGUGAAAGGGAUGGUCUUCCAGGAGGGCCUCGUUCAAACAGAGGAGAGAAAACGCUGGUGGGACUACAAGACCAAAAGGCUUUUUUGGCGUAUGCUCUCCUCAGCACUUCCCAAAGUGCACAAGAAACCAGGAGCAGCAGCAAGACCAUCCCAAGGACCAGUUUUGAGCCUGGAGAGAAAAGCAGAUGGCAAAACUGAAGCCUGCCAGCCCUUCAACUCUGGCUUCCGUGACAAGAGGAGCACAGAGAAAUCAGACAUGCUCGCUAUGGAAGGGCUGUACCGGCAGCUCCUGGUGUCCCUAAAACGAUCCAACACUAACAACAAAUGCUACAAGUCAGGCGGCGGAAAUGAAGAGCAACCACCGGAUACCUCUUCCUGCACGCUGCCACCAGUGAAAGGGACGAACAUGCAUGAGAACAUCCUUCAAACAGAGGAGGGGGAAUGCUGGUGCAAGAGCAAGGCCAAGAGGCCUUCUGAGUAUUGUAUAGCUUCCCCAGCACUUCGCAGAGUCUAGAUGGAAGCCUGAGCAGCUGCAGAACCAACACCAGGACCAGCUUCAGGCCUGGAGAAAAGGAGACAGCAGAACUGAAACCUGCCAGUGCCUCAACUCUGCCUUCAUUGUCACGGUUUUAUAGUUGACAUAUUAGUAGAGAACUGAAUCUCAGCUCUAAGAUCAUCAUUUGCAUCCUACCAUUUCAGACUGAGAUCUUUCAGAUUUUUAAAAAGAUAAUUUAAUAAAAUUAAAUUUUACACGCUAGCCUUCAGAGAAUUGUUAUCCUUAUUUCU